AUGGACCCCCUCUCCGCCCUCGAGCUCACCCAAGUAGUCUUCGACAACACCGUCCGGCUCUUCAAGUUCCUCUCCGCGCUGGUCGACUUCCCCAAGGAGUGUGAGAAGUACCGUCUCCAGCUGAUAAUCGAGUACAACCGCGUGUUAGCAUGGGCGAAGGCUGUUGGGCUUAUUGAUUCUGUUUCCCCCUCGUCCAGUGAGAAGGAAAAUGGGAAGAAAAAUGGAGCAGAAGAAGAAAAGAAGAAUAUCGCCACCUUGGCGUCUACCCUCAACACCAAUGCCACGGAACUGAUCCUUAUCUUGUCAAGGAUCCAGUGGUUGUUGGCGGAGUUUAGGGAGCUGAAUGAACGGUAUGGGAAUGAGUUGAUUCCUGAUGAAGUGGUUGGUGUGAAGGGGAACAAGAAGGAGGAUGGAAAGAAGGAGAAAGAGAAGGACGAUAAGGACAAGGGAGGAGAGGAUAAGAAGGGGAGAGUAUGGAAGCCGAUGGAGAGGUCUAAGCCGAAGGAGGUGUUGAAAGGGAGUGGGACUGAUGUCCACGAAGCAAAGCAUGAGAAGAGCGCCUCUUCCUCUUCUUCAUCCGACGACAAGACGCCCCAAGCAAAACCUCCACAGCUCAAAACAGAAACAUCCCUCCUCCAAAUCUCCUCCCUCGCCCUCUCCUACGACCAGUCCACCAAACUCUCACUCACUCCUCUCUCCAAAGAAGAAGAUUCCCACCGCCGCGGCACCAACCACAUCCGCCGUUUCUUGCAGCACACCAAAGACGUAAUCGCCCACCCCGUCCGCGUCCGGUGGGUGAUGGUCGACCAGGAAGCCUUUGAAGCUUUGCUUCUCGACCUGCACUCGCUCACGGAACGCCUGCACGAGCUAAUGAGGAAUCAUCAUCAGGCCAAGAUGGACGACAUUGUCGCCAAGACUUACCGGGAGAUGAUCUUGGCGAGGAACGGGAUUGGGGAGUUGCAGGAUAUGGUGUUGGCUUUGGGACGGAUGGUGGAGGGGAUGGUUGAUGAGGAUAGUGAUGAGGACGACUAUUAUGGAGCAGAUGGGGAGGAUGAUGACGAGGAGGAGAAUGAGGAUGGGAUAUCCCGAGUUACUCGGGAAAGAAGGAGGAGAAGGAGGGCGGUGAAUGAGGUGAGAGAUCUGGUGCGGUUGAAGAAAAUGGCGAAGUUGUCGGAGGAGAUGUUGAGGACGCUUCAUGAUCCGGCCAAGUCAGGUGGUCCCGAGAUGGAGUUGGACAUGGAAAUUACAGUCAUGCGGUUCGGUGGGAAAGACGGCCGGAAGGACUUCUUGGAGAUUUUUGAGCUGGACGAGCCCGAGGGUGUUGAUCCCAGUCUCAUCUCGCGACCGCUUGGGUACCUCUGCGUGGACAGACCUGACGGGACUGGGACAGAUAAUCUACCGGUCUGGAUUGAGUGGAAGACCAUGGGCGACUAUCCAGAGGGCUCAGUCAAGGAGCGUGAGUCGUACUUGCGAACGCUCACCAUAGCCCAGAUGCUGGGUCUUCCCAAGCCGGUGUCGCUCCACGUCCCCGAGUGCAUCGGCUUCUUGGAUGAUCGUGAUGCGUUUGGCACGGAGAGAUAUGGCUUGAUCUUCAUGCACCCCGAGGAAGCAAAUUGGAACAGUUUCGACCUGGUCUCGCUUUACGACGUGCUGGGUAUUGAUGCCCUUAAGCCGAGCAUCUCGCAGCGUGUUGACCUGGCUCUGAAGCUUUGCUCUACGGUUCUCAACCUACAUGCGGUUAACUGGCUGCAUAAGGGGGUGCUCAGUGUCAAUGUCAUCCUCUGGUUUCGCCGGUUUCUGCCACUUCGUGGCCUCGAAGGAUCUGAUGUAGAUAGUCGUGGGUUGGCGCAUCAAAGAUUCUGGGAUGAUGCAUCAGAGCCGCUUCUUUCAGGCUUUGAAUACUCCCGACCGGAAAACAGCCAGACAACGGCGCGCAGCCUUGAUACAGCUUGGGAUCUGUAUCGCUGGCCUGCGAUUCAACGGGAACACCCAACUGAUCAGAACUCACGCAAGACGUACGACUUGUACAGUCUCGGCCUGAUGCUGCUGGAAAUUGGACAUUGGCAGCCACUUGACGAGAUUCUGCACCUGAGAGUCAGAGAUCACGAGGCAAAGAUGAGGAAAGAGAUGGACGCCAUGAAAGGAGAAAUUAAAGCGAGAGAAAAGCCGUCGGUCUCUUUGGAUGAGUCCAAGAGGGUGAGAGCGUGGCUACUCGAAGAGCGAGUGAGGCAAGAAUAUUUCACCGAAGCCGUCAACCCCAAUCCCUUGCGAGAACUUCGCAACACCAUGGGAGACAGGUACUGGAGAGCCGUGAAGAGGUGCCUGUGGGCUCACGGCGAGAAGGGAUUUGGUGUGGAAGAUCUUCCAGACCAGUCGACCGACUCGGAGGUUGGCAUUCGCUUGCAGGAGGCGUUUACCAAGUAUGUCAUUGAGGAAUUGCAGGCUGUUAGAGUUUGA